AGAUGGAGACAGAGAGACAGGUCAGAGACAAAGAGACAGGUCCGAGACAGAGACAGAGACAGAGUCAGAGACAGAGACAGAAACAGAGAGACAGGUCAGAGUCAGAGAGACAGGUCAGAGACAGAGAGACAGGUCAGAGUCAGAGACAGACAGACAGGUCAGAGACAGAGACAGACAGGUCAGAGACAGAGACAUGUCAGAGACAGAGACAGAGAAACAGGUCAGAGACAGAGACAGAGAGACAGGUCAGAGACAGAGAGACAGGCCAGAGACAGAGACAGAGAGACAGAUCAGAGACAGGACAGAGUCAGGACAGAGACAGAAACAGAGACAGAGAGACAGGUCAGAGACAAAGAGACAGGUCCGAGACAGAGACAGAGUCAGAGACAGAGACAGAAACAGAGAGACAGGUCAGAGUCAGAGUCAGAGAGACAGGUCAGAGACAGAGAGACAGGUCAGAGUCAGAGACAGAGAGACAGGUCAGAGACAGAGACAGACAGGUCAGAGACAGAGACAUGUCAGAGACAGAGACAGAGAGACAGGUCAGAGACAGAGACAGGUCAGAGACAGAGAGACAGGCCAGAGACAGAGACAGAGACAGAGAGACAGAUCAGAGACAGGACAGAGUCAGGACAGAGACAGAAACAGAGAGACAGGUCAGAGUCAGAGAGACAGGUCAGAGACAGAGAGACAGGUCAGAGACAGAGAGACAGAUCAGAGACAGGACAGAGUCAGGACAGAGACAGAAACAGAGACAGAGAGACAGGUCAGAGACAAAGAGACAGGUCCGAGACAGAGACAGAGUCAGAGACAGAGACAGAAACAGAGAGACAGGUCAGAGUCAGAGUCAGAGAGACAGGUCAGAGACAGAGAGACAGGUCAGAGUCAGAGACAGAGAGACAGGUCAGAGACAGAGACAGACAGGUCAGAGACAGAAACAUGUCAGAGACAGAGACAGAGAGACAGGUCAGAGACAGAAACAGAGAGACAGGUCAGAGUCAGAGACAGGUCAGAGACAGAGACAGGUCAGAGACAGAGAGACAGGCCAGAGACAGAGACAGAGAGACAGAUCAGAGACAGGACAGAGUCAGGACAGAGACAGAAACAGAGACAGAGAAACAGGCCAGAGACAGAGAGACAGAUCAGAGACAGAGAGACAGGUAAGAGACAGAGAGACAGGCCAGAGACAGAGACAGAGAGAGAGAUCAGAGACAGGACAGAGUGAGAGACAGAGACAGGUCAGAGACAGAGAGACAGGUUAGAGACAGAGACAGAGACAGGCCAGAGACAGACACAGAGAGACAGAUCAGAGACAGGACAGAGUGAGAGACAGAGACAGGUCAGAGACAGAGACAGAGACAGAGAGACAGGCCAGAGACAGACACAGAGAGACAGAUCAGAGACAGGUCAGAGACAGAGACAGGCCAGAGACAGAGAGACAGGUCAGGGACAGAGACAGUUGGGGUCAGAGUUAGUUAAAUUAAUACCUGUCUCCUCUCAUCAGAGGCUGAUGUGUACCUGUCUCACCUCAUCAGAGGCUGGUGUGUACCUGCCUCACCUUACCAGAGGCUGGU